AUGACUGUUGUAAAACACAAGAGAACUCAUUCCGAUGGCCCAUCGUCUCAAAACGAUCGAUCAUCAAAAAGGCAUGAAUCCACAGCUUCUGAAUAUAAAGAUUACGAAUCAGAUUUGGAUAUAGUUGAACUUGUACCUGAUAUUUCAAAUAACUUAAAAUGGCAGAAUACGAUUGCAAAUGUUGUGCAAUCAGUUGUUUCUGUGCAUUUUUCACAAGUCGCACCAUUUGACUGUGAUUCUGCAUUGGUAUCGGAAGCUACAGGUUUUAUUGUCGAUUCAACUCUGGGAAUAAUGCUUACUAACAGACAUGUUGUUGGUGCCGGGCCCUUUUGUGGUUAUGCGGUUUUUGAUAACCAUGAAGAAUGUGAUGUAAAGCCAAUUUAUAGAGAUCCGGUUCAUGAUUUUGGAUUUUUGAAAUUUGACCCUUCUAAGAUAAAAUAUAUGAAUGUUCAAGCGCUAGAGUUAAAGCCUGCAUUAGCAAAGGUGGGUUCUGAGAUUAGGGUUGUUGGUAAUGAUGCUGGAGAGAAGUUGAGUAUUUUAUCUGGAUUUAUCAGCAGAGUGGAUAGAAAUGCUCCAGAUUAUGGGGAGUUGACCUACAAUGAUUUUAAUACGGAAUAUAUACAGGCAGCUGCUUCUGCUUCUGGGGGUUCUAGUGGUUCGCCAGUAGUUAAUAUUGAUGGUUACGCUGUUGCUCUGCAGGCAGGUGGCUCUACUGAGGCAUCUACAGAUUUCUUUUUACCUUUGGAUAGGAUCUUAAGAGCUUUGCACUGUGUUCAGUCUUCUAUUCCAAUUACCAGAGGUACCAUUCAGACUCAGUGGCUGUUGAAGCCUUAUGAUGAAUGUAGGCGUAUGGGAUUGUCACCAAGAUGUGAAGAACUUGCUCGAAAGCAAUUUCCAGAUAAGAUCGGUCUGCUUGUAGCUGAAACAAUUUUACGGGAAGGACCAGCUGAUAACCUGAUAAAGGAAGGUGAUAUUCUUAUAUCUAUUAAUGGAGAAAUGAUUUCCUCUUUUAUUCAAGUUGAUGCCAUACUUGAUGACUCUGUGGGACAGAAGAUUAAGUUGCUCGUUCAAAGGAGCGGUGAAGAUGUGACCGUAGAAUGUGUUGUGGGCGACUUACAUGCAAUCACGCCUUCAAGAUAUGUUGAGGUAUGUGGUGCCACCUUCAACGAGCUUUCUUAUCAAAUGGCAAGAUACUAUGCUAUUCCUGUUAGAGGUGUUUUUUUGAGCAGUGCUACGGGAUCGUUCUGUUUUGACUCUAAAGAGAAGUUAGGUUGGAUUGUUGACGAAGUUGACAACCAACCUACACCUAAUUUGGAUACGUUUAUUGAAGUCAUGGGUAAGAUUCCAGACUGUUCGAGAGUAACUGUUGGAUAUCAUCAUUUGGUGGAUCAACAUUCUCCCAACGUUACUACUGUCUAUAUUGACCGCCAUUGGUGUAAUGAAUUUAGGUUGUAUGAAAGAAAUGAUGAAACCGGACUUUGGGAUUACAAAUAUCUCGCAGAUCCAAUUUCACCUUUGCCUUUAAAACCUCAAUCAGCCAAAUUUAUUGAUUUGCCCGUGAAUAACGAAAAAAUUUCGAAGUUAGCCAGAAGUUUAGUGCUGGUGUCAACGAUGGGUCCAGUUCCACUAGAUUCUAUUGAUGCAGAACCUCGGAAGGCUUCGGGUCUAGUUAUCGAUGCCUCACAAGGGUAUGUUGUUGUGUCACGUCGAAUUAUUCCCCAUGAUUGCGUUGAUGUAUUUGUUACGAUUGCAGAAUCUGUAUUGGUUCCAGCAACAGUUGAAUUUUUGCAUCCUACUCAGAAUUAUGCAAUUGUGAAAUACGACCCACAACUAGUAGAAGCACCUGUUGAAAAUCCGAAGAUCUCCAGUACUAGACUGAAAAUUGGUGAUAAAGUUCAAUUCAUUGGCUACACACACAACUUCCGAUCUGUUUCUUCAGAAACUACAGUUACAGAUAUAUCUUCUCUAAGUAUCCCUAGCAAUAUGGUCCCGAGAUAUAGAGCUACAAACCUGGAGGCAAUUUCUAUAGAAUCGAGUGCAGGCUCCAGAUGUCAUUCUGGGAUAUUGGCUGAUGAUGAUGGUACUGUGAGAGCUAUGUGGCUAUCCUUUUUGGGGGAAAAACAAGAUGAAAAGGACAAGAUAUAUCUAAUGGGUUUGGACUUGGUUGAUAUGACCGAGGUCAUAAACAUACUAAAAGCGGGUAAGAAACCCAGAGUUAAUAUAGUGGAUUCAGGUUUUGGUUCUAUUUCUGUCCUGCAAGCUAGGCUUAGAGGAGUUCCUCAAGAGUGGAUCAAAAAAAUGGAAAGUGAGUCCGAUUCUAGAUUACAAUUUAUAACUGUUACAAGAGUUUCAUACACUGAUGAAGAACAAAAAUUGAUGACGGGUGACAUUAUCCUAUCAGUUAACGAAAAUUUGGUCAAGCACAUGAGAGAUAUAGAGGGAGUUGUAAUCGCUGCGGAUGAGCCUGUUGUUGAACAAGUUUUGGCCUUUAAAGUUGUCAGGAAAGGUAAUAUUGUUAAUCUAAACAUUAAGACAGUGGAAGUCGAGGAAACAUCAAAAAUUGUUGUCUUUGCAGGAAGUAUAUUGCAAGCUCCGCAUCAUGCAGUUCGCCAAACUAUGCAAAAUAUCCCAAGUGGUGUGUAUUGUACAUUCCGCGGCCAAUCAUCACCAGCAAUACAGUAUGGCAUCUCGGCUACCAAUUUCAUUACACACGUUAAUGAAAUUGAAACCCCAACCUUAGCCAGAUUUUUGGAAGUCGUAAAAACAAUUCCCGAUAACACAUAUUGCAAAAUACGCCUGUUAACUUUUGAUAAUGUCCCCUUUGCUAUUUCCUUGAAAACGAACUACCAUUACUUUCCAACUAGCGAACUUUCAAAAGACCGCGCCACUGGCAGUUGGAUCGAACACAUGUAUAACUCCACUUCUGAUAAGAAAAACGAUACAUAA